GUGACACCAUCCGUUAAGUAGCUACUAGCAAACAACGGAGUGGAUGUUUUCUGCUGGUUUUUUUAAUUUUUUUAUUUUUUACCAAACAAAACUAACUUGAGAGGAAGUUACCUUCUGAAUUCAAAAUGUCUCGGGGUUCCAUUGAGAUCCCUUUACGGGACACCGAUGAGGUUAUUGAGCUCGACUUCGACCAGCUGCCGGAGGGAGAUGAGGUUAUCAGCAUCCUGAAGCAGGAACACACACAGCUGCACAUCUGGAUCGCUUUGGCUUUGGAGUACUACAAGCAAGGCAAAACAGAGGACUUUGUCAAGCUUUUAGAGGCAGCGCGUAUCGAUGGAAACCUGGACUACAGAGACCAUGAGAAAGACCAGAUGACCUGCUUGGACACGUUAGCAGCUUAUUAUGUCCAGCAGGCUCGUAAAGAGAAAAACAAAGAUGCCAAGAAGGAGCUCAUCACGCAGGCCACUCUGCUGUACACCAUGGCAGAUAAGAUCAUUAUGUACGACCAGAACCAUUUGUUGGGGCGAGCCUGUUUCUGCCUGCUGGAAGGAGACAAGAUGGACCAGGCUGAUGCUCAGUUCCACUUUGUGCUCAACCAGUCCACCAAUAACAUCCCUGCUUUGCUUGGUAAGGCCUGCAUCUCAUUCAAUAAGAAGGACUACAAGGGAGCGCUGGCGUACUAUAAAAAGGCUUUACGAACAAACCCUGGCUGCCCAGCUGAAGUCAGACUGGGGAUGGGUCACUGCUUCGUCAAGCUCAAUAAACUGGAGAAGGCCCGUUUGGCGUUCGGUCGAGCUUUGGAGCUGAACUCUAAGUGUGUGGGAGCGCUGGUUGGCUUGGCCGUUUUAGAGCUCAACAACAAAGACUCUGAGUCCAUUAAGAACGGAGUGCAGCUCCUGUCGCGGGCUUACACCAUCGACCCCAGCAACCCCAUGGUGCUCAACCACCUCGCCAACCACUUCUUUUUCAAAAAGGACUACAGUAAGGUCCAGCAUCUCGCCCUGCACGCUUUCCACAACACGGAAGUCGAGGCCAUGCAGGCUGAGAGCUGCUAUCAGUUGGCGCGUUCAUUUCAUGUGCAGGAGGACUACGACCAGGCGUUUCAGUAUUACUACCAGGCUACUCAGUUUGCCUCUUCCACCUUCGUGCUGCCCUUCUUUGGUUUGGGACAGAUGUAUGUGUAUCGUAGAGACAAGGAAAAUGCCGCUCAGUGCUUUGAAAAGGUUUUGAAGGCCUACCCCAACAACUACGAAACAAUGAAAAUCCUGGGAUCCCUCUACGCAACGUCCGACGAUCAGGAAAAGAGAGACAUUGCAAAAGGCCACUUGAAGAAGGUGACGGAGCAGUACCCGGACGAUGUGGAGGCGUGGAUCGAGCUGGCUCAGAUCUUGGAGCAGACCGACAUCCAGGGCGCGUUGUCGGCUUACGGCACGGCCACUCGCAUCCUCCAGGAGAAGGUGCAGGCCGACGUUCCCCCCGAGAUCCUCAACAACCUUGGGGCUCUACACUUCAGGCUUGGUAACCUCGGGGAAGCUAAGAAAUAUUUUCUAGCAUCCCUGGACCGAGCUAAAGCUGAGGGCGAGCACGACGAGCAUUACUACAACGCCAUUUCUGUCACCACCUCCUACAACCUGGCCCGUUUGUACGAGGCCAUGUGCGAGUUCCACGAAGCCGAGAAACUCUAUAAAAACAUCCUCAGGGAGCAUCCGAACUACGUGGACUGUUAUUUACGCCUCGGAGCGAUGGCUCGUGACAAAGGGAACUUCUACGAAGCGUCCGACUGGUUUAAAGAAGCGCUGCAGAUUAACCAGGAUCACCCAGACGCCUGGUCGCUCAUUGGAAAUCUUCACUUAGCCAAGCAGGAGUGGGGGCCGGGCCAGAAGAAGUUUGAGCGCAUCCUGAAACAGCCGUCCACUCAGAACGACACGUACUCCAUGCUGGCUCUGGGGAACGUGUGGCUGCAGACUCUGCACCAGCCCACCAGGGACAGAGAAAAGGAAAAGAGACACCAGGAUCGAGCUUUGGCAAUCUACAAGCAAGUCCUGCGAAAUGACGCCAAAAAUCUCUACGCCGCUAACGGCAUCGGGGCCGUCCUCGCUCACAAAGGUUAUUUCCGAGAGGCGCGUGACGUGUUUGCCCAGGUGAGAGAAGCCACGGCGGAAAUCAGCGACGUGUGGCUGAAUCUGGCUCACAUCUACGUGGAGCAGAAGCAGUACAUCAGUGCUGUGCAGAUGUACGAAAACUGCUUGAAGAAAUUUUACAAAUACCAGAACACGGAGGUGCUGCUGUAUCUUGCCAGAGCUCUCUUCAAAUGUGGGAAACUCCAGGAGUGUAAGCAGAUGCUGCUGAAGGCUCGGCAUGUGGCGCCCAGUGACACGGUGCUGAUGUUCAACGUGGCCCUGGUGCUUCAGAGACUCGCCACUCUAGUGCUGAAAGACGAGAAGAGCAAUUUAAAGGCUGUGCUCAGUGCAGUGAAGGAGCUGGAACUGGCUCACAGAUAUUUCAGCUACCUCAGCAAAGCUGGAGACAAGAUGAGGUUUGACCUCGCUCUUGCUGCGUCCGAGGCCAGGCAGUGCUCUGACCUGCUGAGUCAGGCUCAGUACCACGUGGCCAGAGCCAGAAAGCAGGACGAAGAGGAGAAGGAGCUUCGUGCCAAACAGGAACAAGAGAGGGACCUGCUGCGCCAGCAGAUGUUAAAAGAACAGGAAGAGCGGCAAAAAAGAGAGGCAGAGGAGCAGAAGAAGCUCCUGGAGCAGAGAGCUUUGUUUGUGGAGAAGACCAGGAACUUGCUCACGUUUGUGGAAGGACCAAAAGAAGCGACCAAAGAAAAGAAGAAGGGAGGAGGCGGCGGAGGAGGGCGUCGUAAGAAAGGAGGCGACGCGGACGACUUUGUCAAUGACGAUUCGGAUGAGGACCUUCCACUGAAAAAGAAGAAGAGGAGAAAGAGCAGCGGCAGCGAGCAAGAGGAUGGCGAGGACGGAGAUAAAAAGAAAAAGAAGAGGAGGAGACCUGCAAAAGGAGGAGAUGACAGCGAUGAUGAGGAAGGAGCAUCUCGGCCCAAAAAGCAGCGCAAACCCAAAGAAGGACGCAAGAAGAUUGAAAAGCCCCAGCCUGAGCGAAUGCCACCAUCCCUUAAAGGGAAGAUCAAGUCCAAGGCCAUCAUCUCGUCCUCUGAAUCCUCGUCAGAUGAGGACGGACUGAAAAUAGCUGAAGACAGAACCCGGGACAGCGGCUCGGGGUCCGAGGACGAAGGCGGUCACAGGAAACGCAUAGCAUCCGACAGCGAAUCAGACGGCGGGAGGAAUCGCUCCGGCAGCGAGGCGGGAAGCCCUCGCCGCUCCGUCGGCUCGGACGACGAGUCCGGCAGCGACCGACCAGUGAAGAAGAGGAGGGUGCAGCGGCAGUCCGACUCCGAGCAGUCGGACAACGAGAGCAAGAGGAGCCAGUCGGGAUCGGACGAGUCGAGAGCCGCCUCGCCUGUGGCCGCUUCGGACAGAGGCUCCGAGGCAGGGUCAGACAACGAAGGGUCGCCGCGGCGCUCCGACAAUGGAUCAGAACAGGAGGCGUCAAAUAACGAUGACAGCGAUUAGGCCACUCAGAUUUAAUUAAAUGCCGAGGAACAUUUUUGUUAAACAUGGAUUCAGUUUGUGUUAAUUAGCUUUCGGUGCGUUUUCAAUGUCUUACUUGCUUACAAAGUUUUUCUUCAAAGAUUUUUGUUAAAAAUUGAUUAAAACUGUAAAACUUAAGUUGAAGUGAUAUUUUAACCCAAGUGGGAAGUUGCUCCAAUGAAAUUAAAGACAACUCUUUCCUAUGACGACUCUGAAAACCAAAUUUGGCGUUAAUCUAGAAGUAGGAUGAUUUGCUGCUUCACUUUUCUUGCUGUGCAGUGAGAAACUGCCCCAAACUUGACCUGUUGGGUCAAGUUGUAAAUAAAACCUACAAAACAUUAAAAUGGAGUAUCUU